UCAGCAUUUUCAUAAGUAUGUUCCGACAUAUAAUAUGCAUUUCGGUGCAUUAUCACGCGAAUCAACCAUAUUAUGGGAUUGAAUUACAACGAGAGCAGUUCUGAUUAAGUAAAGUAUUAUACGCGUUUGCCCGCAGACUGCACGGACCGCCGACGCCGGACAUGUUCGACGUGGUCGACGGCAGUGGCGGCGGCGGCAGAGGCGGCGACAGCAGUGGCGGCGGUAGCACCGGCGGCGGCGACGGCGGCGGUCACAUGGACGUCAAAGUGGUGUACGCCAACCCCAACGGGACGCUGUCCAUACUGCCCGACGGGACGGCCGGCGUGUCGCCGUGGCGUCCGUCGUCCGUGUCGCUGGCCGCGGCCUACCUGACGCUGUCGUCCGCGGCCAUCGCGUCCAACGUCAUGGUGCUGUCGGGCAUCGUCACCGCGGACAGGCUGAGGUCGCCGUACGCCGUUCUCGUGUCCGCGCUGUGCCUGCAGUGCGCCAUCGACGCCACGGUCGGCCACUGCGCCACCACCAGAGAGCUGUUGGCCGGCGCCGGCGGAGGGGGGGCCACCGUGUGCCGCGGCGUGGCCACCGUAACGGCCGCCCUGUCCGCCGUCGAACUGGUCACGUUCGCCGCGCUCGCGUGCCUCACCGCGUUCGUCCGGUCCGACUACGCCGAGCUGCCCCUGCCCGCCGCCGCCACCCUGUGGGCGGCCCCUUCCAUGUACACGUACGUCAUACUCACUCCCACGCUGCUGUUCACCACGCGAUAUUUCCCGUCCAGGGGUCGUUGCGGUUUCAUAGCAAAUACAACCGGAUGGUUUUACCCAUCUUUAUUGAUUGUUUUCAGUUUUAUGAUACCGUGGUCGAUAUCAUUUUAUUUUGUAUUUGUAUCCCGCUCUUCAACGACCACUGAAUCGUCGAAUGUUAUAGUGACACCCUCCCAAACAAAAAGCCAAAUUGACCUCGUACCGUCAAAAUUAAUUUUUGGAUCUUAUACAAUUCUUGUAACGCCAAGUCUUAUUUCUUCUUAUGUUUAUCUUUACAACAAUCCGAAUGUCAAUCCUUGGGCUGAAAAUGAAGCACCAGAAGACAUCUUAGAUGGUUACUUGUCAAAAUUGCCAAUUUUGUUUGACGUGUUUGUCCCGUUGAUCCUCAUAUAUUAUCAUAAAGUGUUCAGGAAAAAAUGUAGGGAAUUGUAUUUGCAUGGUUUUCGAAAUUCCGUCUCAGACGGCCGUCAAAUCUCUAUCGAAAGACUGAGACGAUCUAGAAAGAAUGAACGUUUAGCAGACGAUGCACCCGUAUUAUUUCUUGAACAGUCGGGCACGAUAAGUGUUAGGUUUCCGUGCGAAGACGGAUUUAUGAUUAAGAUAUGCGAUUUGAGUCAAAAAGAAAACAAUUCAAAUGGGAAAAAAGAAGUCCGUUUUUCGAGAAAAGUUAGUAAAGCUCCCUAUGAUAACUAUAAUAUAAGAGAACCAAGAGACGAAGAGUCCAGUCUUUGAAGAGAAAACUUGAAAUAAAAAAAAAAUAGAGAAUACCGUUAGAUCUUAAUACUCUCACGGGACCUGGUGUUGUCGAAUUAUCGAGGGUUUUGCCAAAAACAAAAAAAAGAUCUAUGUACCUUUUACUAAUGCAAAAAUGUGUAUAUAUAUUUUUAUUUAAAAUUUGUAAAUAAAUCAGUAUAUCUGAUGACUUAUUAAGAACUGACGAGUGACUUGAGUAUUUAAGUGAAUUUAGUUAUAUCUUAUAACUUAUUAGAUAUAUAUUGUGGGUUUC